UAUGAAAUUUUUUUCUCGGUUCAAGGCUAUGUAAAAAAGUCGUAACAACAGAUCUUUAUGAACGCAAAUCAACAUCGGAAAAGAUUAUUACAUUUACAGCUAAGGCUGUCAGUGCGGGUUUUCAGACCAGAAAUAUACAUUUUACCAAUAAAUAGUUUUUGCUCAAAAACGUUUGUAACUCUUUCAUGCUAUCCCAAUGACUUGACACUUUAGUAAAAUUUGUCAAGUUUGUUACACCGCAAUGCAAUAAGUAGAAACCAAAUUCCAGUUUUGUUGUAGCGACAUCUUCAGAUCCUGCCAAAUUUAUCAUGCAGUCCUCGGUAAAUUGCGAAUCGGCUUCCAAGUGCCGAAAUGAGGGGGGCAUCUUGAAGCGGAGCCUGGUCGGGCCGCCCACCUUCGACGUGACCCAGCUGAGCAGCUCCGGUCUGGCCAGCAGACGUGGCGUUCAGCUGCCGCCGCUGAUGGAGAAGGGCCAGAUACGUCCGGAUCAGGUGGACAACGCUCGGUUCCGGGUGGUGGAGUUCGAGCCCCGCUCCCUCAGCGAGCAGCAGUUCAACGCGCUCAUCAAGCGGCUGGUGAAGUGCUUCAUGUCGGAGGUGGAGAUCACCAAGCGCCUGCGCAAGGUCACCGCUCGCCGGUCCGUGAAUCCGACGGACCUCCAGCUCAUUGGGCACCUGGAGGCCCUUCGUCGGAGCUACGAGGCCGAGCGAUCCGUCCUGGUGGUGAAGCUCAGCCUGGACAGCCGCUUCAAUCUGUACGCCUCCCAUGCAAUGAUGGCUGGGGAAAUGCCGUCGAGCAAGUCCGCCAAGUCCCGGAAGAGCAAUCCUUACGAGACCAUCCCGAAAAAGGACAAAGUGCCUGAAAUCACGAGCCGCAAGCACGAACACGAUGGCCGUUCGAGACACCGACAAAGUGGGGGAUCCCUGACCACUUCCAUGUCCAGGAAACCCAUAGUCUGCGACCACAUCGUGACUCCCGAGAACUUGUCCCUUCGUCUCCGGGAAAAGCUCUACAUAUUGCAAGAAACCUCCGAGCAUCCGUUGAAAUCCACAAAAACCGAAGAAGAUUCCCAAGACUCCAAGACUGCAGUUAAAGAAUCAACUCUUGAAGUGCGGCCGAGCUCUUCUGAUAUAUUUUAUGAUAUUCCCGAUAUGGACGAGCCUUAAACCCGAAUUAAGAUUAUUAUUUUGUCAAAGCCUUCAAAUUGUACGGAAAAACCUAAAAUUACAACCAUUUCACUUAU